GGCGCCCUGCUCUUCUGUGUCCAAAGGAGAGGAGCGGCCGCCAUGUUAACCAAGAAGCCCGGAGCCUCGGUCCUCCAGACGGGCAAAGUGGGCGAGCCGGUCUACUCUCCUGGUCACAGCGGCUCUCAGACAACAUCGCCUGUAGCUCUGCCACCGCUUCGCAACAACAACCUCAACCCCCUGGCGGGAGGCUCCAAAGUCGCCAUGUCGGACGCCGUCCAGCUGUCAUCCCAGUCGCAGGUCCAUGUUGCACAGCUGUACGAAGACAACACCAACCGGCGUCCGGUACUGACCUCCCAGCCGAACGGCCUGGCGCCACUCAGUUCAACGCGCCCGGGCCUGCCCCUGCCAGACCGCCACACAACCGCCUCGGACCCACAGCACCAUGGGCGACAGGGCAGUGCCACCUCUAAUAAGUCUGUAGAUGGCAAACCAAAACCCACGUCCCUGGCACCAGAGCAGGCCAUGAAGCAGUUCAUGCCCAAGAUGUCAUCGUUUGAGCACCAUGAGAUUUUUAGCUAUCCUGAGGUAUAUUUUGUUGGUCCAAAUGCCAAGAAGAGGCCUGGCGUCAUGGGUGGAGCAAACAACGGCGGCUAUGACGACGAUCAGGGUUCUUACAUUCAUGUUCCCCAUGACCACAUCGCAUAUCGCUUUGAAGUUCUUAAAGUCAUCGGCAAAGGGAGCUUUGGGCAGGUUGUGAAAGCUUUUGACCACAAGACACAGACCCAUGUUGCUCUAAAAAUGGUCCGCAAUGAGAAGAGAUUCCACCGGCAGGCAGCAGAGGAGAUCCGGAUCUUAGAACACCUGAGGAAGCAGGACAAGGACUCCAGCAUGAAUGUGAUCCACAUGUUGGAGAACUUCACCUUCCGUAACCACAUCUGUAUGACCUUCGAGCUUCUCAGCAUGAAUCUCUAUGAGCUCAUCAAGAAGAACAAGUUCCAGGGCUUCAGCCUCCCGCUGGUCAGGAAGUUUGCCCACUCCAUCCUCCAGUGCCUGGACUCUCUCCACAAGAGCCGCAUCAUCCACUGCGACCUGAAGCCUGAGAACAUUCUGCUCAAACAGCAGGGGCGCAGUGGCAUUAAGGUCAUUGAUUUUGGUUCCAGUUGUUACGAGCACCAGAGAGUUUACACGUACAUCCAGUCCAGGUUUUACCGGGCACCAGAGGUCAUACUCGGUUCCAGGUAUGGGAUGCCUAUUGACAUGUGGUCACUGGGUUGUAUCCUCGCUGAGCUGCUAACCGGCUGUCCGUUGCUCCCGGGUGAAGAUGAAGCCGACCAGCUGGCCUGCAUCAUCGAGCUACUGGGCAUGCCCACUCAGAAGUUACUCGACGCCUCCAAACGUGCAAAGAACUUUGUGUCAUCCAAAGGCUACCCCAGGUACUGCACUGUUACCACCUUGCCUGACGGCACCACGGUGCUGAACGGUGGACGCUCUCGUCGGGGGAAGGUACGAGGCCCCCCAUGCAGCAAAGACUGGAGCGCUGCUCUGAAGGGCUGUGACGACCCACUGUUUCUGGACUUCCUGAAACAGUGUCUGGAGUGGGACCCAGCACUCAGGAUGACACCUAGCCAGGCGCUACGGCAUCCCUGGCUUAGGCGGCGUCUCCCUAAACCACCUACAGGAACCACCACUGGGGACAAGAGUGCCUCAUCCAAACGAGAGGGUACCAUCACCUCAAUCUCCAAACUGGCUACCAGCUCCUCCACCACGUCAUCCUCCACCAAAACCAGGACUAACUUGGCAGCCAUCACAGAUGCUAAUGGAAAUAUCCAGCCUCGGACAGUUCUACCAAAGCUGGUCAGUUGAGAGUGAGCGCACUCCACUGCUGUGGCGGGACGAGUAAAAGCUUCCAGCUGGAGCCGAUGAAACUGGUCAGUCCAGUUUAAGUUUUUUUAUUUGUUUCAGGGGCUGUCACAGCACUGGGGUGCGUUUAGGACUAAGACAUGGUAAUGCUACUGACCAGCCGGAAUGUGGUCAUGCAAAGGAGCAGAAAGGAUUUGUAAGUGUGUUCACACACCUCACUCCAGCAGCCCUGUCUGAACCUGACAGCUGUGAUCAUUCGAAGAUAAAAUGUUCGGCUGCACAGACAAUCACACUACACUUUGUAGCUCCACACACACUCAAAAUCUCCAUGGUGCUGACAGAGGGAACAAGGCUUUUUAAAACAGUUUUUUAGCACAUAAUUUGUAUCUUAAAGAAAAUCUGAUGAUUAGACACCAAAUACUUUUUACUAUCUUAAUAUUCACGGUGUCAUGGGGCUCUUUGUUGAUAACAAGUCAGGUGAAUCCUUGCAAGUAUCAGUUAAUGGCUUUGAGAACACAUUGCCAUCAUUGGUACUGGGUUUUUUUCAGAUCUAGCUUUGACCACCACGUUAGCCUUUGGCCUGUGAACUGACUUGCUACUGACAAAUGUCGCCUUUUUUUUAAAACUCUCUUACAAGACCAGCAGCAAGCAAACUUUGAGUAAUGAAGCUAGCAAUAGUUGGCUUAAUAUUUGCCUUUGUCAGGCGUCUGCUUACGAGCCUUAGUUUUUGACCAUAUCAUGCAAGCUCUCCACUGCCAGGCCUUAAAAGCACAGACAGAAUCGCAGGAUUUGAACAGCGUGGAGAGAAAUGUAGAGAGGGAAUGAUUGUCACCUAAAUGAGCCUCAAGAUGUGAAUUGAUGGUUGUGUUAAAAAAAAAACACAGACAUCCCAGUAAAAAGUGAUUCUUUAUCCAGGGUUUAGUUUGACCAAUCAUUGUUUGUGUUCCACAAGUGAAACGGGGAUGUGAAAGAAUAGAGCAAGUCGGUUGAAGAAAACAACAUUUAAUGAGAGCCAGAAAGUUGAUUAGUUGAUGGUCCUGUUGUAAAGAAAAUGAACGUUUUUGUCACAGACUGGUCUGUGCAAACCUUAAAAGGAUAGUUUUGGAAAUUGUGGAUUAAAAAAAAAAUCACUGACAUAGGAACUGCUUUGGAAAAUGUCAAAGCUUUUCAUAAACAAAUGUGUGACAAAACUGAAGUGACCCAAAUUAAAUGAAUGAAGUAGCGUCUUAAGCUGAAAGUAAACGUGUGUUAUGGCAGAGGCGUAAAGGACAAGCUGAGCUCUUCUGGUUGGAAGAACAACCAUGUAGCUAAUGAUGGUGUAGGCAGAGGACGAUUGCAGAGCUUUUCAGGUUGAGGCAUAACAACUGCUCCACACAAGUACAAUUGGAUUGAAUGAGAAGCCAGUCACACCAGUAUGUAGUUUCCAUAUUUAAAAUAUUUUCUAAAUAUAUUGCUUAAAAAUAUCAAUAUUUUAGGCAGAUGUAUUGACAACAACGAUGAAAAUGUGGUAAUCAGUCUGGUUGAAUCGAACAGUUUCAACUCUUAAAUAUCUUUUCAGGCAUUUCAAACUAAAUUAACGUAUAUUAAAUUAUGGUUGUUUUCCAUUGUAACUUCAUAUAUUUUGACUCUUUUGGUAUUUUUUUGGAUAGAACUGAUAGUUGCGUCUGGUGUGACUGGGCUUGAGUCAUUUUCGUCUCUGCACAUGUGUGGUCAUAAAUAUUAGCAAUACAAUGAAGUAGACUGUUAUAUCAGCUAAUGUGUAACAGUGGUCAGGCCUGUGUCGCCAUGUGGCAGUCAAAGGGGUCAGUAUUGGUUGUCACAUCAAUGUUAUGCUGAUGACAAAUUGUCUCUUAUUUAUUUCCUAUCUUUAGUAUUUAUUAAUACAUAAUUACUACAAUGUGCAGUUUAUACUUGAAUGUGUGUGUGUCGGUUUGUGUGUAGCAGCGUGUAUGUGCAAUUUUGUUUUUUUUUUCCCAAAAGCUUGUUCCCUCACACACAUGCACACACACAUGCACACAAACCCAAAAAAUUGUCUGCAAGCACGCUGUUUUUAAGUCACUAUUGGACAAUGAUGAAGAGGAGGAUGACGAUGGAGCUGGUUGUUACUGUGACGAAAAGUAGCACACUGUUGGAUAACAGCAGCGACAGUGCACCGAAGGAACUGAUAAGGACACUACCUACUCCUCUCAUCUCAGGGGAAGUCCCGCCUUCUCCUGGACCCAGAGACAAGAAACGGAGGAGGCGGGACGUGGGGGCCGCCUCUAAAAUGUUAUUGUUUUUCUAAAGAUUUGAUUGUGUUUUUUAAAUAUUGUUUUGUGAGACGGGAUUGCUGAGAGUCGUAACUUUGUGCCUUCAGUAUCUCAUCGCCAUGUUACACACUCACGUUUUUUUUUUAACAGUUACAGAGAAACACUAAAAUAUAGACCCACAUGGCUAUUUUAAUUUUAAGACAGUUUAGCUGCCAAAAUCAGAGAGCUGAUCAGCUCCUGUUUUUUUAUUUAGCAGUAUCCAAAGACCCACAUGAUCUCUGGCCAUCACUUGAAAACCUGAGCAGCACUGGAGAAAGUUACAGCCCUUUCCUUUGCCCUGGAAUUUCUCAUUCAUUUGCCCAAAAUUUUAAGCAUGAUUAGAGUGCAGUUUUGUUGUGGUUAUUCCACAGUCAUUGGGUGUGUUACAGUAUGUAUCGGCAAUAUUUUAUAAGGGCUGCUUCAUCCACCCUUCUGUGUUUUGAGUUAGACAUAGUUGAUGCUAACGUACAGACAUACGUACAUCUUUUAACCUUCUCUGCUUAAAUUCUAAUCUUGUCAAUGAAGCAGUAUUUUUGUAAAAGAGAUGAACCGACGUGACUGUGGAAUAAUCUCAUCCAGGUGGACUUGGACAUUGGAGCAUUUAGAUAUAGAAUGUCAAUUACAAAUACAAUGUCAAUGAUUAUUAGUUGUUUAGCAGCCAACAGGUGUUGCCAAAUGAUGAGUGUAAAUGCUUCUACCAAUUUUAUUUCCAUGUCGAUUCGCGUUUUGUGGACCACUCAUUGUCCACCCCAUCAUUAUGUCUCAAUCAUUAUCCUUUUGGUUUUAAAACCUGAUGGUUUUAGGAAACAAUAUGCAGUCAUCUUGUCCUCAUUGGUCAGAGAUAAUGUUUACAGAACAGGAGACCUUCGCCAACAACAGAUGGUAGCUUUAAAUUGACGAGCACUGACAUCUGUGUUUGGGUCGAAUGACAUGGCUGCACAAUAUACAGACACAUAUCAGCUAGCUGACGCCAACGACAGGGCCAAGCUAACACUAGCCUAUCAACUGUUAGCACUGAUGUUAGCUUUCUACAGACACACUAACUAGCACUGCGGAACAAUUUUCCCCAGUGCAGGGCUUUUAGCAAGUUGCUCCUAGCAUCUGUCUCCCCCCUUCUCUCUCUCUCUCUCUCUCUCUCUCUCUCUCGCUGUCACUCUCUCCCUUCUACUCUCUCUCUCUUUAAGUUGGUACCUCAAACUGCUCAGUUCUCUAGUAUUGCUGUUACUAUUUUUGUGACUAACACAGGGCAUUUGGUUUAUCUUACCAAAGUGCAUUCCUUUACAACGCUUGCACACGGAUAGCUCAAAAUUAUGGACAGGAAGUACAAAGCAAGGAAAACGAAGAAACACUCUCCUUUAGAAAUUGUAAAAAAAAAAGAAUAAAAGGUGUUAAAAUGCGUUGCUGUUUGAAAAAUUGAACCGACCGACUGUUAGGAUUAAUGGAAGAGCAAUGACAAACAGUAGCUACCCUCAGCGCAUUGCCUCGGUAGCGAGUUCGACCGCUCGCUGGUUUAUGCUCUCUUUAAAGUUUUGUGCAGAUUACGAAUAGCUAGCAUGAAUUGGCGCUGGAUUUCUAUCAAGUUUGCCAUCUGGGUUUUUAUUGUGGAUUUUACCUGUACGUCACGUGAAAAUGUUGAAUCUUUUUUGGAGAGGGUUGAAAGCGCUGCUGUGCCAUUGUGCAGCGAGUUUUACAAUGUACUGUAUCUACUGUACAGAACACAGAAGUCGACACUUUUCUAGUGAGCCUUUGUUAAAUUUUAUUGUGGUGGAAAAUUACUAUUAUUAAUAAAAUGUUUUAUUGAUCAUUUUGUCGU